UGAUCUUGUUUUGUGCAAUCUUCUUAUCUGUUUCUACGGAUUCAGACAACAUGCAAGACACGUGUCCAACGGCUCCAGGAGAACAAAGCAACUUCUUCAUCAACGGCUAUCCUUGCAAGAAUCCAGAUAAGAUCAACGCUCAGGAUUUCAAGUCCACCAAACUUACCAUAGCUGGAGACACAGACAACUAUCUUCAGUCCAACGUCACAAUGCUCACUGCAUCAGAGUUUCCAGGUCUCAACACUCUCGGCCUCUCUGUCUCACGCACUGACCUCGAGAGAGACGGAUCAGUGCCGCUCCACUCGCAUCCAAGGUCAUCAGAGUUGCUCUUUGUGGUCACUGGUGUCGUGUUUGCUGGUUUUGUAGAUACAAACGACAAGAUUUUUCAGACCGUUCUGCGUAGAGGUGAUGUCUUUGUCUUCCCUAAAGGGUUGCUUCAUUUCUGCUUGAGUGGUGGCUUUGAACGAGCCACUGCUCUCUCGUUUUAUAAUAGCCAGAAUCCUGGAGUUGUGAAUGUUGGAGGCGUGUUUGGGUUCGAUCAAGAACGUAUAGUUAACAUCACGAGGUCAUUAGUUACGGACUAUGAUUUUCUUUAAAUGGUUUCUCCUUUAAAAUGUUGUUAAAUUUAACCGCUAGGACGAAACUAAUAUUAGAUGUUGUGGUUUCGGUCUGGGGAAUUAGGGUUUCAGCCCGAACCUCCUAGUAACUAAAACAAAGUUAUUUCUUCCG